CCAUCCUCUCCGAAGAAGAGGACGAGCCCAUUCCUGUUCCUCUACCACCGAACACAUCCCCCUUUUUUUCACAAGUCUUGCUAACCUGCGCCUCCUGCUUAUCCUGCGCACUCACCCUUCUUCUCCAUAACGUUCACGUAACCGUUCUCUCUACCUCUCUCUCUCUCUCUCUCUCUCUCUCUCUCUCCAGUCAGAUUCGGAGAACCUCCCCCAUUGGAAAAGGUUCCGGUGUUGGGGGAUUAGGGUUAGGGCUUCUGAGAGAUGUUGUAUGCUUCAUGCAUUGAUGAAUCUUAUCUCUCAAUGUUGGAAGCCGUUCGGGCGCGGUGAUGAAUCUUCUUCAGCAGGCAUUGUCGGAAGAGAAGGCAAAGACGGAUUGCUCUGGUUCAAAGACAUCGGAAAAUAUGGCUCUGGCGAUUUCUCCAUGGCGGUGGUUCAGGCCAACCACGUCCUCGAAGACCAGAGCCAGAUCGAGUCUGGUCCUCUCGGCACCUUCGUCGGCAUUUACGACGGCCACGGAGGCCCCGAUGCAGCGCGUUACGUUUGCGAUCACUUGUUCCGCAAUUUCCGAGCUGUUUUGAACUUUCAUUUUUAUGCAGCAAUAUCGGCUGAGUCACGUGGAGUUGUGACGACUGAGACUAUUGAAACAGCAUUUCGCCGAACAGAAGAGGGGUUCACCGCCCUUGUUUCAGAAUUAUGGAGUACUCGACCUCAAGUUGCAACUACUGGAUCGUGUUGUCUGGUUGGAGUUAUUUAUCAGCAGACACUAUUUGUGGCAAAUGUUGGGGAUUCUCGCCUUGUGUUGGGUAGGAAAGUUGGCAACACCGGUGGGGUUGCUUCGAUUCAGCUUUCUACGGAACACAAUGCAAAUAUUGAGGCUGUUAGACAGGAACUUAAAGAAUUACACCCUGAUGAUCCCCAAAUUGUUGUUCUCAAACAUGGAGUGUGGAAAGUAAAAGGCAUUAUUCAGGUUUCUAGAUCCAUAGGCGACGUAUAUAUGAAACAUGCGCGGUUUAACCGGGAACCAAUUAAUGCAAAAUUCAGACUUCCUGAACCAAUGAACAUGCCUAUCUUGUCUGCUAAUCCAACUAUUAUUUCCCAUCCUCUCCAACCAAAUGAUUCCUUCCUUAUAUUUGCAUCAGAUGGUUUAUGGGAGCACCUGAGUAAUGAAAGAGCGGUGGAGAUUGUUCACAGCAAUCCACGCGUGGGUAGUGCCAAGAGACUUGUAAAGGCUGCCCUACACGAAGCUGCAAGAAAACGUGAAAUGCGAUAUUCAGACCUUCAUAAGAUUGACAAGAAGGUUCGACGCCAUUUUCAUGACGAUAUAACUGUUAUUGUUUUAUUCUUAAAUCACGACCUUAUAUCCAGAGGCACAGUUCUAAACCCGCCACUCUCAAUUCGAAGUGCUCUCGAUCACUGACUUGUAUGAUUGUGAACAUGCUUCUUAUACGGGUGUUCUGACAACUGUACCUAUACCAGAAGAUAUACCAUUGGCACGUUCCUAGAAUAUACCAUUGACAGUGCUGGCACGUAUGGUCACUGAUACUGAGACUACGUAUUGAUGAGGCUCCAACUUAUAACACCUGUUAGAAAUUUAUCCUUGGAAGUGAAAAUAAAAGUAAAAAAUCAGAAAGUAACUUUUGAUUUUGCUAUUACCUUAUCUACACUUACAUAAUCUUUUUUGAAAUUCUCGACUUAAUAUUUCCUUUCAAAUUUCCUUGAGGGGUAACGUUGUAUGAGCUCGUAUCUAAACCGUCAGCAUG